AUCGUACUGCUAGAACAUCAACGAGACGAGGUUGCUUACACGCCGACGUGUGAUGUGCGCGCCUAGACGAAAUUCAGUCUUUUGCAAUUUCAUCGUAACGAAGAAUUCUGUCUUUAAACCAAGAGGCAAUCCCUGAGACACAUCAAGAUGCCCAGGGAAGACAGAGCAACAUGGAAGGCCAACUACUUCCUUAAACUUGUGCAACUGUUCGAUGAAUAUCCAAAGUGUUUCAUUGUUGGUGUAGACAAUGUUGGCUCGAAGCAGAUGCAGCAGAUCAGGAGUUCUUUGAGAGGCUCCGCAGUGGUUCUGAUGGGGAAGAACACCAUGAUGCGCAAGGCCAUCCGAGGACACUUGGAAUCCAACCCUGACUUGGAAAAGUUGCUUCCUCACAUCAAGGGCAAUGUUGGCUUUGUCUUCACUAAGGGAGAUCUGAGUGAGGUCCGUGAAACCAUCCUUAAAAACAAGGUUGCUGCUCCAGCCAAGGCAGGUGCUAUUGCUCCUAUUGAUGUGUUUGUGGAGGCUCAUAACACUGGCCUUGGUCCUGAGAAGACAUCUUUCUUCCAAGCUCUGUCAAUCCAGACCAAGAUCUCAAGAGGCACCAUUGAAAUCCUGUCUAAGGUCCAUUUGAUCAAGGUUGAUGAGAAGGUAGGAGCAUCUGAAGCAGCAUUGCUCAACAUGUUGAAGAUCUAUCCAUUCUCAUAUGGUCUCAAGAUCUUGCAAGUAUGUGAAGGAGGUUCUGUGUUCCACCCAAGCAUCCUGGACAUCACACCAGAAGAUAUCCUAGCGAAAUUUUUUGAGGGAGUUCGUCGUGUAGCUAGUGUGUGUCUUCAGAUUGGCUAUCCAACCCAGGCUAGUGUACCACACUCCAUCAUUAAUGGAUUCAAACGACUCCUGGCCAUUGCAUGUGCAACUGAGAUUGAAUUCAAGGAAGCAGAACAGAUGAAGGCAUUCUUAGCUGAUCCCUCAGCCUUUGCUGUAGCAGCCCCAGUAGCUGCAGAAGGUAAAGAUGACAAAGCAGAAGAGAAGGCAGCGGAACCAGAGGAAGAGGAGGAAUCGGAUGAUGAUAUGGGAUUCGGUCUCUUUGAUUAGACCAGUACCAGUGUCAUUCUCUAACUCGUUACAAAUACUGGUUUGUCAGAUUAAAACAAAUUAUUUAAGUCUUUUUUAUGCAGGCCAAAAUCAAAUCAUACAUAAUUUCUGACAGGUUUACAUAACAAGAACAAAUAUGACAAGCAAAAACAUGUUACCUUGUUUGUCCUUUGAAAAAAAAAAUGUGCAUUGUUUUCUUAUAGUAAGUAAAGAAUUAAGACUCCAUUGAGAAUCCAUUUCCUGUCAUUUCUGCAAUUUUUUGUUUCAUUUGGAGCAGUAAAUAUUCCAUAAUGCAAGGAAAAUUAAGGUUGGCAGCAAGUAACAUGGUGAAACAUUGUUGCCACACUAUUUGAAGGAACAAUUUAUGGUUUGAAAUGUUUUUCUUUGCAACUGACCAAGCAUCUGUAUGUGUUAGGGAGCCCAAUCCAGUGUGAAAUAAACCACACCUGAAGAAUUCUGAACUCUCA